AUGCCCAAACCAACCAAAGAGGCUAUGAUGGAUUUCCUCUCUGCAGGGAUCAAGAUGAUGCAGACCGACCGAACGCGAGAGCUGCUGAAGGACCCGAAGGCGGUGCCGCAUGCCGGACGCAAACUCAUCGAGCUGCAGCGAGCAGAGUGGUCUACGCUCGGUUUCGAUGCAGACAUUGGGUGCAAAGCACUUGAUGAGAUUGAUUGCAGAGCUGAAGGAAACAAAGAGUUGCUGGACAUGAGGAUGAAGUUCAUGCACACGGCCAUGCGAACGUACUUGCAGGCCCUGAAGGACCGGAGACCAGCCGUUUUAGAAAGCAAGAGGCCAUUGCCACGAGCAAGCAUCCUGGAGUUCUUUGAUGCUUGCAACACGAGGAUGGACUUACCGGAAACUCAGGAGGAGUUGCUCAAGUACAUCGCCGUGGAGGGCAAGGUGCCCAAUGACGUGAUCAUUGGGAUGCAGACAGAUCUGCUGGAGGAUCUGGGCUUUGAGAAGGAGCACGGCUGUGCCAUGCUGUCGCGCAUCCCACAGGACUUUCCAAAAGAUGCGGAAGUUGGUCAGAAGAUGCAGAUGUGGAAGACGAAAGCCUCACAAACUUGCAUGGCGGCCCUGAAAGCACACCAGGCUGGUGGAGGCGAGUUGCUGAAGAUGCCCAUGAUGCCACAGCUGGACAAGGAAUUUGCUGAGGAGAUGGAAACCUUCGGGUCCCAGGCAAGGGAAGAGAUCUCCAAAAUGUCCGAAGAACAGAAAAGAUCUUUCAUGGACGAAAAGACUCUUAAGAAAAUGCAGGUCUUCCAGAAGCUCCCGCCAGACGGCAGGAUGGGCUAUGUGAAGCGGCUGGCAAAUGACGAGAAGCUUGAGUUUGUCAAGACGCAGAUGAUUGCGGCUGAUUUGAUGAAACGGCAAUACCAGGAGCAGCAGAGCGCCCAAGCGCCGACGGCCUGCACCAUGGAUGAGGGUCCUUCCAAAGCUCCGGCGCAGGAGCAGAUGAUGUGA